AGUCAAUAGAGUUGUCGGGGCGAAAAAAAAAAAGAAGAAUUCGAACUAUAUUAUCAUAAAGUGGAAGGAAAGGGUACCUAAAGUGACUAAGGGCUGUUUGCGUCUGUUCUAGGGUUUGGUGUCUCCAGUGAUGUCAUGCCCAAUUGUCUUAUCUUUUCGCCUUAUCAUACCUACUACUCUACCUACUCCAGGCUCCGUUCUUCCGCCAACUUCUCCUUACUCCCCUCCACCAUCAGUAACCUUUGGAUCGGGUCAAUACUUCGCAAGGUGCUUAGCUUUACCUUUGUAUCUAUUGCCUUGUCUCCCUCUCUCCACCCGAGCGGCCUCUCAUGGCUCUUCCCCCCUCAUGGAUUUGACAUCAAGUAGCUUGGCCGUGGAGAAGAUGUGCCACACACCCACGGUACAAGAGGUCGAUGACGAAGACUUUUCCGGGUUGCACAUGGGGACUAAAUUUGAUCAGGACAUAACUUCACCCUUGCUACAGCUUCCGACAGAGCUUUUGCAGUCCAUUCUGUCUUAUCUCUCGGCACAAGAUCUCGCUCGCGCCUCGGCCACCUGCCGCUGUUUGGCCGAACAUGCGGCCAACGAUCUAUUGUGGGCCAACGUCGUCAACUCCUACUUACCAGAGAAAAUUCACCACCCGAGACCAUUCGACACAUUCCGCAAGCUUUAUAUUGCAUACCACCCCUGCUGGUUUAUCCCCCAGAAAAAGAUUUGGUUCGCAGAUACGGAGCACACGGGCAAUCUCAUCUUAGCCCGUUACGAUCACCGCCGAGGGGUCAUAGAAGCUUACCGGGUCAUUGCCGAAAGACGUUCGCACCAGUUCCAGAUUUGGGAAUGGAAUCCAGACGUGAUCAUUCAAACCUUCCACCCUAAACCUAGCCUUUGGUUAGAUAGUCCUAUGCUUCUCUUGAAGAAUCAUGAUGGCGGACAUGAGUAUCUGGGUGGGGAGAUCCGCAUGCCUUUACCGUUGGAAUCGCAACAGGUUUUUAAUUCCUUGUCGUUCUGUCCCAAAGGGCACCCACCAGAUCCUGACCCACAGAAACAAUGGCCGCCACCAAUUAUCCCAUGUGAAAACCGUGUUUAUCGGAGCUCGGAAACGCAUGGCUCAGAAUGGGAGCGCCAUUCUGGAGUUUUGGAAUUAAUGUCAGAAGAUGCGUUUCGGGUAAGAAGAUGGGCGCACUUCCGUCUUGGUAUGCCAAUGUUUGCUGCCGACCGAAGCGAGACCCUAUCGACCUACGCGACGCUUGAUCCGCGGCUAUAUACACCUACCAGGCGAAAGCCGUACCAAGGUAUAUGGAUUGGAGACUACUCCGCCCACGGUUGUGAAUUCAUGCUUUUCCUACAACGUGACAGCGAAGACGUGUCUAUCGACCUGUCCGAAGAGGGCGAGCCUGAGCUCCAUGACGACGGCAUUAUCCAGCAAGGUAGCCUUGAGGCUAUCAAACUCACUGGAGACCCAAAUGUCCCUCGUGGCGAGGUCUCAUUUAAAUCGGAUGAUAUUGGUCCCAAGGGCCUUGUUCGUGUGGCAGAUGAAAAGCUGUUUCACGGGGCGAGAAUUGUGCGUAGUCGAGGCCAUGUGGCGGGUCUCGGCUUCAGAGACGAUACGUUCAUCGAAUCGCAACUUAUUCUCAUAUCGCCCGAUUGUAUAGCUCACUAUUGGGAGGCCAUGGGACACAUCUCUUACUUUCGCCGCCUCGACAUAGACGAACUUAUUCGGAUAUGAGCAGACGCUUGUUGACUUUUACGACUUAACGAUUCAAACCUAUUACUUGCUCCACACUGUGAGAGGUAAUAAUUCAAUUAUAUUCGUGGCGAUCGGUGUACACACUUUGUCUGAAUGACACAAUUAAGUUGGCGCGUGGUUCGCUGGCAGACACAACCGUCUCUGGAUAGAUACGUAUUUGAUUAAGCCUAACGGAUUGGAUGAACAGUAUUUCAAUUGAUUGAAGCGGCUCCCGAGUCACAAUUUUAUAUAUAUAUAUGUGUGUGUGUGUGUGUGUGUGUGUGCACGCAAUGCUAAUCAGUGAUGAGGUAAAUUGGAAAAGCCAUGAUUGGAA